GAGGGAUAAACGGUGGAUGGAGGCAGCUCGGACCGGGGCUACGGAGCGCUCUUCACCGACGAAGAAGAAGAAGAACAGCAGCAGCAGCGGGGGGGAGAGGAGAUGGAGGCGAAAGGCAGAAACAUGCCCCCAGAUAUUAGUUUCCUUCCUCGCCCUGCCAUGGUGUGGUGUGAGCGUGGCAUCCAGGUGCUGCUGACCACCAUGGGGGCUUUUGCAGCCUUUGCCCUGAUGACAGUGGCUAUUGGCACAGACUACUGGCUCUACGCCCGGGCCUUCAUCUGCAACAGCACGGCCAACUCAUCCCAGGAGGACUCCAACAACAAGGACAAGAAAGACCCUGGGGCUCUGACCCACUCCGGCCUCUGGAGGAUCUGCUGCCUGGAAGGCCUGAAGCGAGGUGUGUGUUCCCAGAUCAAUCAUUUCCCAGAGGAUGCAGACUACGACCAAGAUGCUGCAGAGUAUUUACUGCGUGUGGUGCGAGCCUCCAGCAUCUUCCCCAUCCUCAGCGCCAUACUGCUCUUGCUGGGCGGAGUGUGUGUUGCUUCCAGCAGCUUCUACAAGAGCAAAAGGAACAUUAUACUAGGUGGAGGAAUUCUCUUUGUAGCUGCAGGCCUCAGCAACAUCAUCGGAGUGAUCGUGUACAUCUCAGCAGCUCUGAGUGACAUUUCCCCCAAGAAGGACGAGGAUAAGAAGUGGCACUACUCUUACGGCUGGUCUUUCUACUUCGGCGGCCUGUCCUUCAUCCUGGCCGAGAUGGUCGGCGUCCUCGCCGUCAACAUCUACAUUGAGAAGAACAAGGAGCUGCGCUGCCGCUCUCGCACCGACCUAUUCAAGAGCACCACGCAUGCCAUGCUGCGGCUGCCCAGCUACCGCUUCAGACGGCGCUCUCGCUCCAGCUCGCGCUCCACUGACCCGCCACGCUCACAGGAGACCUCGCCCAUCGGUGCCUCCAAAACCUUCAGCCUGCCGCCCUCCGCCCCGCCGUUCUCUGUAGCCACUCUGCCCAACCCGCACCACACCAGCGGUGGUGGAAGCGGAGGAGGCGGUGACAUCUCCAUGUACACCCUGUCGAGGGACUCCAAGCUGGGCAGCCUGGGAGGCGGCGCCCCACCUCUCUACGGCACGGUGGACCGCGCCACACUCUACCAGCUCCACAACUACUUCCCAAAAGAUUCCAGCGGAAGUGGCGGCGGAGGAGGUGGAGGGGUGAUAAGCAGCGGCACGCUCCCAUCUCACUCCAAGUCCAACUUGGCAGCAGCGGCAGCUGUCGCCCAGAACGCGGCACCGCUGAACACCUCCACAUCAGCCGCCACACCAGCCCAGCCGGCCCCGAUAUCCACAGCCACCAUGGAGAGGGACAGGGGCAACGUAGGAACCCUGGACCGACUGACAGCCAAAAGGGACAGGGAUAGCAACUCAGAUACACUUAACAGGAAAACUACGCCAGUUUAAAAG